UGUUGCAUUUCCAAAAUGCUACAUGGGACGCGGCUGCCGGGACUCUGCUAUCUGGCCAAAAAGGACAACAAUACGAAACGUCAGUUAGCGGCUAUGAGCAUAAUAACAUGCACCGGCGUGAAAUCGCUAACAAAACUAUCGAAAAUACUGCUAUAUCCAUCGUCAGCGAGACGGAAAUUUUACAAACAGAACGUCCUGAAACCUAGCGUGACGACGAUGCCGACCGAGUUCGCUAUGGUGCAAGUAUCGUUCGGUGAUGCAAAGCUAGCAGCACUGAUCGCCCGCGUACUGACGAACGAAAGGCUGGCGGCUUGCGUGCAUGUCGUACCGAACGUAACUUCAUACUACAUUUGGGACGGAAAAUCAUGCUGCGAUCCGGAAACACUGCUUAAGAUCAAAACACGCGCAUCACGUGUCGAUGACAUCAUUCGUUUCAUCCGGAAGCACCACCAUUACGACGUGCCCGAGAUAGUAUCGUUUCCGAUCGAGAAUGGUGAUGCGGAUUAUCUUAACUGGAUCAAAGCGCAGGUCCCGGCGGAACCGAAUCCAGAGCUGCUGGCCAAAGCGCUUGAUGAGUUAGCUGCCAAACUGGGUGACAGCAACGCUGCUGGUGAACAUAAUUCGUCGUCAUAGGACGGUGUGGUGGUGUAUGUCGAUAAAUGAACGUCUGCACUUUAAUUUCUAUUAAUUAAAAUAUAUGUAAAUUAAUUAA